AUGGAUGCGACAAAGGGGCUGGAGAAGGAUGUAGGGGCCAGCGCGGAUUCAGUUCAAUCCAGCGACGCGAGAUUUCAGACAGACAACAGCGUGUCGAAGAAACCGCAGCCUCGACAACAAUUAUCAAAGGCCAUGGAGCACAUGCGCUUCGCAGUCACUGCCGACCCUAUUCCACAUUCCGCUUCUAUUACAACAAAAUCACGGCCACCACAGUUUGAAGCCACAGACUCUGCGCAAGACCAUUCAUCCACCGAACAACACCAACAACCACAACCCCCAGCCGAGAACGACGCCUACGGCGUCCCCGCCUCCUUCGCCCCCGUCCGCGCUCCCCAAUCUCGCUCGCACGAUCCCUCCAACAACCAAAAGCGCAGCGACCCCUUCGCCUUUGGCUCCCGCUAUCUCGAGGAAGGCGACGACAUUUUUGAAUUCAACGCCUGGGACCACGUCACCGUCGACGCCACCUACCUCGCCUUCUCCGAAGAGCAAUACUCCAAACAGCGCUCCGAACCCGUCUCCGACUUUGACCGCUCGCGCUACAACGCACAGCCCGAAAAAUGGUGGAAUCAGUUCUACAAAAACAACAAGACGAAUUUCUUUAAAAACCGCAAAUGGCUCGCACAAGAGUUUCCGAUUUUAGAGGAGCUCGGCAAGGAAGACGGACCGCAGGCUACGCUGCUGGAAGUGGGCGCUGGAGCGGGCAACAGCGCGUUUCCCAUCUUGCAACGGAGUCAGAAUAAGAGGUUGAAGAUUCAUGCAUGUGAUUUUUCAAAAAAGGCAGUCGAGUUGAUCAGGAAUCAUGAGUUGUACGACCCAGCCCGUAUCCAGGCGGAUGUCUGGGACGUGGCCUCCCCAUCUACCGCUGAAAACGGGGGCCUACCGCCCGGCCUGGCCGAAUCCAGCGUCGAUGUCGUGCUCAUGAUUUUCAUCUUUAGCGCCCUGAGCCCCGAGCAGUGGAGCCAGGCUGUAAGCAAUAUCUGGCGUGUACUCAAGCCCGGUGGCCAAGUCCUGUUCAGAGACUAUGGCAGGGGGGAUCUCGCCCAGGUGCGGUUUAAGAAGGGGAGGUACUUGCAGGAGAAUUUUUACGUCAGGGGGGAUGGCACGAGGGUUUAUUUUUUUGAGCAGCAGGAACUGGAGGAUAUUUGGACUGGUAAGAUGCCGUUGCCUAGUGGUGAGCAGGUGGAACAGACACAUGUCUUUGAAGUUGCGCAUAUUGGAGUUGAUAGACGCAUGUUGGUGAAUCGCCAGCGCAGACUGAAAAUGUAUCGCUGCUGGAUGCAGGCCGUUUUUCGCAAAAAGGGCGGCGAGAGUCAAGUCCCCACCAGUACACUGCGGCAGGAGAAGGAUGAAGGAUGCGAGGGGGAAGAAGAAGAAGAAGAAUAA